ACGCACAAUUUUCGAAAUUUUUAUGGAAUAAAUUUUCGAUAAAUUUUCAGUAUCUCACCGCAGGAGGCGUUAGUAUCGACCGCGAGAGCAAAAGAAAUUUCCUGUGUCAGGGCGGAAAAAGGAGUGAAAAACCUUGGAAAAAAGUUGUGCAAUUGACCAUGGCGUCUCAGAGGAAGAUCGACGAGGGUCACGAGCACGUCCGCCAGGCAGAGAAGAGUCUCAAGACGGGACUCCUCAAGUGGAAACCCGAUUAUGAUGUCGCAGCUGACGAAUACAACAAAGCAGGUGUGGCAUUUCGUGUGGCGAAGGAUUUGAAAAUGAGUCAAAAGUGCUUCAUGAAGUGUGCAGAGAAUUACAAGUUAAAUCGUUCGUGGUAUCAUGCAGCCAAAGCGCUGGAAUCAGCUGUGCAGCCCAUGAAGGAAAUGGGUCUGUAUGAGGAUAUUCCGGGAGUUAUUGAGGAAGCGGCGAGUCUCUAUCAACAACACGGAUCGCCCGAGGCAGCAAUCACAGCUCUGGAUAAGUGUUCGAAAUUGCUAGAGAGCAGUUCACCCGAUGUGGCUAUUGCCUUGUUGACCAAGGCUGUGGACAUCAUCAUGAUUGAGGAUUCCACGCGUCAGGGAAUUGAGUAUCUGAGUCGUUUGGCACGGAUGAUGGUUAAGUAUGAGUUCUAUGACGAAGCCACAGACAUUAUCCGGAGGGAGAUUAUUCUGAAUCAGCAAACGGAGUCCUUUGGUGCCAUUGGGCGGCUCGCUGUGGUCUUGGUGCUCGUUCAGCUGGCUCGAGCUGAUUAUGUGGCAGCUGAAAAGGCAUUCAAGGAGUGGGGUAACUUCUGUGAACCAUCUGAAAUUCAGACACUCGAGAUGCUGCUGCAAGGAUUCGAUGACGAAGAUCCAGAUUUAGCUCGUCGUGCCCUAAUGGCUCCCUUUAUUCGUCACAUGGAUGUUGAAUAUUCUAAACUGGCCAGGGAUUUAAAAUUGCCAAGUGGACUUUCCACAGCUCCAAAAGCCAGUGUCAUUGAAAAUGCAGCAGCGUCCUAUAAAUCUCCAAAUGCUCCACCAGGAGAGGAGAGCGGUAGGAGUUUUCCCAGUUCGGACGACAUCGAAGAAGGUGGAUUGUGUUAGUGGGAGAAAAUGCGAUUUCCGAUGGGCUUUCCCUUCAAAUUUCUCUCUCUGUAUCUCUCAACGACUCCUCCGGAUUUGGCGCGUUUUCGGCUGAAGAAAUCUACCAAGCAAAGCUUUCACUCUUAUCUCACCAAAAUAUCCAAUAACGGUAUGCAUUUUCUUAUCUCUUUUAAUCAUUUUUUACUAUUAUUUUUAUUUUUGAGAAGGAUUUAUUGAGAAUGCCGGGAGUUUGGGAAUAUUUGGGAAUAAGGAGACUGUUCUGGGGAAUAGUAUUAUCAUUCCUUUCAGAGAAUUAUUGUGUUAGAGAAUAAACUUUAUUUUCUGUUUUUAAUUAUUCUUCAUUCUCGAAGAAUUUGGCCUCAGUUUUUUUUUUAAAUAAUAUUUUUAUUUUAUGCAUGCUUAACGCACAAUAACUUUUGUUUUGUAAACAUGUUUUUGACAUUUCAAUGAGAGUGAAUGAAACAGAGAUCUAGUUAUCUUGUUUUCUCUGAAAGGAAAUUUUGAAAACAUAUUUACAAACAAAAGUUAUUAUGCGUUGGCAUAAUGCCCAGCACACAAUAUUUUUUGUUUGUAAACAUGUUUUCAAAAUUUCCCAUGAGAAUGAGCGAGAUGACUAGAUCUAGAUCUCACUCACUCUCACUGAAAUGUCAAAAACAUGUUUACUAAACAAAAGUAAUUGUGCGUUGUGCAUUAGAGUAUUUAAUUAUCUUCUUGUGAUAGAAAGCGUGGUUUUUGAUUUUUCAACCUCGUACAAAUUAAAUAUAGUUUCUCGGAAUGGAAGGAAACAGUAAAAAACAAAAUCACAUGUCCACAAUGUAAAUACAAUUAACAAAAAAAAUAAAAUAAAAAUAGAGUUGAAUGAUAACAAAGAGAAAAAAAUACAAGAUUUAAAAUAGAAAAAUAUAUUUUCGCUUAAAGUGGAUAACUUUAUUGAUGAAAUAAUUCCAAUUUAAGACAUAUUUAAACGUUGAAAGCAAAAGAAAUAUAUAAAAUUAUUCACACCUCAAAAAGUGUCAGUGUGUAACGUUGUAAUCUAAUUAUGAAAAUCUUAAUAAUAAAGAAAGAACAAAAAGAAAAAAAAAA